AUAAGAUCGCCUCGACGUCGCGCUGUCUUCCUACCAGGGAGUCGUGUAUAUAUGAGUAGACGUUCGGGGUGCCGGCACAGUCGACACACAGCAUCCAAACAGAUUAGUGAUAGGUUGACCGAGCUGUUUUAACGAUGACUAUGUUAUUCUCUUGUACGUUGGUUCUGGUGCUCGUGGGAGUUAUUGUGUGCGCGCCCGCGCCACAGGAAGAAAAAUUCCCACCUAUGCCGUACGAAUACAAAUAUGAUGUGGUGGAUCAAGAGAAGCUGUUGUUUUUCGGUGCAAACGAGGCAGGCGACGCUCAAGGGAAGGUGGUAGGUGGUUACCAAGUGUUGCACCCCGACGGCAGACUCAUGACCGUGGAAUACACCGUCGAUGGUGACAGCGGUUUCGUUCCGAGGAUCAAAUUUGAGGACAACGCGAAUCCGUUCGGAAAAAAAUAGUUGUGUGAUGAGACUAAGUUAUUGCAAUAUCGAUAUUUUUAAUUAAUAAUAAUAUAUGUUUGUGAUUUACAUGAAAAUUUAUUCUUAAGUAAGAAUAAUCAGUGUAUUGACAGAUUGUUCUGAUAUAACAUAAGGAUACGUGCUCGCAGCAUCUAUCGCGUUCAAAUAAUUCGAUUUUUUUUUUUUUAUGUAAAAAAUGUGAUUUUCGUCAUGCAAGUUACCUACCGUGUUUUAUAAGACAUAUUUUGUACAAUAUUUUUCUAGUACGUUUACUUAUAAUAUUUUAGUGUAAAUCUUUAUACAUCUUUUAUAAUAAAUAUUUUAACAUUGA